CCUUCAUCGCUGCUGAAAAUUUUCAUUCAAUGUUUAUAAGAAGUGACCAAGAAAUUGAAGAAAUCCAAGCUCAUUUUAAUGAAAUAAAUGAUAGGAUUUCUCAACAAGAAAACGCGAUUAUAAUUAUCGGUAACACAGGAGAAGGAAAAAGCACAUUAUUGGGCUAUUUAACCGGAAUUCCUCUGUUUAGUGAUGAAGAUGAAUUUGGUGACUAUAUUAUUUCUGCUGAUAAUUCAAGUGGUAUAAUUAUCAACGAUAGACCUAUUUCACAGACCUAUUUACCAAUUUGUCGAGAAACAUACUGGGAUUGCCCUGGUUUUGAAGAUACAAGGGGUCCUGUGCAGAAUAUCGUGAACGCUUAUUCAAUUUAUAAGUUAAUCAAAAGUGUAAAGAAACUUAAAAUUUUACUCAUUAUUUCUGAAUCUACAAUUAAAAGUACAAGAAAAAAAGAUUUCUUAAAUCUUAUUAAUAACUUGGGUGUGACUUUUAAAAAUAUUGAUGAAUUAGUUAAAGGAUUAUGUUUAGUUAUAACAAAAAACGAUAAACUCAAUGCUAAAAAAGUAAGAGCUUGUUUUCAGAGAAUCCUUGAAGAAUAUGAUAAUCAGAAUAAUUUUAGUCAAUCUACGAGAAAGAUACUCAAUUUUCUAUCCUCUUCUGAAAGUCAAAUAGUUUUUUUCAAUGCUCCUCAACAAAAAGGUCAAGUUUCUGAUACGGAUAAGUCUUCAAUCUUGGAGAGUAUAAAAACGAUUUCUUAUUUGGAGAAUCUAGAGACUAGCAUUUUAUUGGAUGAUAAAUCAAAACUUUAUAUCGAUGAUUUAAUCAAUAAAUUUUAUGACGACGUUAAAAAUUUUAUUGAACUAAAGUUUUAUCCAGCGAUUCAAAACCACUUUGAAAAGUUAAUAGAUACACAUCUAGGAACGGUUAAAGAAUUAAGAAAUUCUUUAAUUGACUUUUCUAACAAAUUUAACAAUAUAUUUGAUAAUCCAGAAAAGUUUGAAGAAAAUCUUCAACAAAUUCUUUUAAUCGUUGAACAGAUGCAAAGAAAUGAUCUCAAAGAAGAACUUUUGAAAAAAAUUUCUUUAUUAAAUUUCUUUAAACUUGUUAAACCGGAUUCUGUUGACAUUAAAGGAAAUACUAAUAGUUGGUAUGGUCAUAUAUCUAAGAUAAUUAAGGAGCUAGAGUUACUUACAUCUUCUCCUAAAGUUCGUUAUCAAGGACAUUUAUUAACACUCGAAGGCAUAAUCAUUGGUACUGAAGAUCUUAAUAUUGCUAUGAAUAAUCUAAAACUAUCCGAAAUAAAUGUAUUUAGCUUAAAUAGCUUGUUUAUUGAUAAGGAUAUAAUUGCACCAGGAAUUAAUUUGACGAUAGCAUCUCCUCAGUGGCGUGUUAUAGGUAAAAGGAUAAUUAAUUUAAAAGGUAAUCCUGGUCCUCCACACGCAUCAAGUAAAGCAAAUGAUGGAAUAAAUGAUGGAAUAUCUUAUAUCAACGAAAAAAAUAUUAUUGGUCAAAUCAAUGAACAAAUUAAUAACGAAAAGAUUAACAAUGAAAAACUUGAUAGUCAAGCAAAUGACGAAAUAUCUCCCAUUGAUGGACAAAAAAUUAAUUAUGAUGGACAAAAAAUUAAUGGUGAAGAUGGCCUGCCUGGACUUCCUGGUUCUAACGGAGGAAAUUUUUAUGGUAAAGGGGUUACCUUUCUUAAUAUUUCUUCUUUAACUAUCAAUGUUAGUGGUGGUGAUGGUGGUCAAGGUCAAGAUGGUGGUAACGGUGCUGAUGGAUUAGAUGGAACCGAUUGUGGAGAGGAUUAUGUAAAAAAUAAAGACGAUUCGGCACUUAUAUCAAGAGAAAAGGUAAAAGUAAAUUUAUUUUCAGAAGAAGAAGCUCUCGAUAAAGCAAAAAGAUGUACCGAAAAACUUAUUAAGCUUGUGUUGACCGUUAAUGAUAAACAUGAAGAAGUAUAUGAAUAUUUUGAUCCAGGGAAGAAAGGAGGAAAUGGCGGACGAGGAGGAAUAGGCGGCAUCGGUGGAAAACCUGGCACUGUAGAAUUUAAUAAUUCAUCAAAAUUAUUGAAGAAUCUCAUUAUAAUUAAAGAAAGUAAAAGAGGUGUAAAUGGAGAAGGAGGAAAACCGGGUCUCGGUGGAAAAAAUGGACAAAAAUAUCGUGGUAUAUAUGUUAAUGAAAGAGUAUUUCCUGCAAUAAGAGGCAUUAAAGAAUUUGAUUCUAAGGAUGAUAUUUCAGAUGAGAUAUCAGAGACAGUACGAGCAACGGCGCCAGCAGCAUCCUCAGCAACAGUUACAGGUGCUGCAAUAGGUGCAGGAGCCGUAGAAGCUUCGAAACAAUCUCUAUCGGUAAUUGAAAGGUUUUUAAUUGAUCUCGGUUUAAAAAGUAAUCCGGUUCCGGUAGCAUUUAGUAUUCCUGGUGCCUUGGGAAGCUUUGGUAUAACCAUAGCCGCUCAGGGUGUUUUUUCUGCAAUUAGUGCACAUUUAUCAAGUCAUUGGAAAGAAGAGCCGCAUAAAGUUGAUAAUGAUGAACGUGCUCCUGAAGGAAAAUUACCUGAUGG